AGGAAAUUGACCAAUUAGAGGACAUGCGCGUAGCGUAGGAGAUAUAUUCGUUUAUAUAGGUAGGUUAAGCGAUAUGUAGAUUAUACUCGUUCACUGUAACGGGUCUUUCCGUUGCCAUGUGUAACGGUCGAUGAUGGGGUACGGGGUCCUCCGCCACCACCAUCCACGUCUCGCUUUCCAGCUGAGGCGCUUUUUCGCGAAGCCCAUCCACACCCCAACCACCUCAUGCGCUUCAUAUCGUAAGCCCCUACAGUAAUGCAGAUGCUUGUGUAAAAUGCUCUUUAUUAUUUAUAUCGAGUAUUCUACCCAGGUAUCCUGCCCUUCCCUCGCCUAGAUAUCACUCAGGCGACCAGCGGCAAGUUGUCUCUUUCGUUAUGCCUUCACCACCACCUUCACCACAACAGCCAUCUGACACGGCCACAAAUGGCGUAUUCCGCGACGGAAAAUGGCUCUGCAAUUGCCCCACGCGCCUCCCGGCUAAGAUGCGGACCAUCAAAAGCAGCUAUUCGAAGAACCAUGGUAAAAGGUUCUGGGGCUGCCGCGCAGGUCAACAAGAGAACCAUUGUGACAUGUUCGUCUUAGAGGAAGAGGCACAAAGGCGGGAGAGGGAGAAUUUAAAAAGCAACGGCCGUAGCGAAAAGAAGCAGACAGUUCUUCCUCAGACCUACACGCCACGCAAAGUGAAACAGAAACUGCCAAGCAGGUCACCCGUGAAAGGAGAAGUAAUUGAUCUAGAAGCUGUUGACGACGUUGCAUCGGCUUCCAACUCCCGUCCACCUCCGCAAAGUUCCAAGCUGUCCCCAAGCACUAGGGCUGUUGAGUCGGAUCAGUACGACAGCUCGUCCGGCGAGGACGAAGACGACUACAUUUUCAACGAUCGCGCAAAAUCGCCCAUUAGAAACACUAUCUUACGGCCAAGCGCGAUGGCUAAGACACCGGCUACCGGCUCUAGAACGAAGCAGCCGUCGCAAGAAGAGAACUAUCUCGAGGAACUCUCGGAAAGCGGCACAGAAGAUUUAGCCGCGCUCGCGGAGACCUCUGCCAAGGCCGCGAUUCGUCACGGCAAGCAGCGUGAGUCACCGAUCACACCGAGCACGACGCGCAUGACCAACAUCGAGAACGGCCUGCCUACGCCCUCGCUCACAAGGGGCAAGUCGCCCAAGAAAAUGCUCUUCAACGACUCCGAGGGCAGCGAGAGCAGCACUUGCGACGGAGCGAGCGCCAAACGGCAGCGCCUGAACGAGUCGGAGGCAGUCCGACUCUUCGGGACCACUGCAACCGUUCCCCCGGCAAGAGUAUCAUUAUCGCCAUCGCCAGCACCGUCGGUAUCUUCACAGCCGGUUGCCACAAACCUGACAAGCGAUGUCAUGGGGCUCCUUAAGAACGAGAACAUCAGCCCCUCGGCGCGAAGCGCCGUCCGACUUACACUGGAGAAAUACGUCAAUCAGGCGAAAGGAUUUGAGAGAGGCCGCGAUGCGUCCCGCAAAGCUGUCAAGAACGCUGAGGACCGCAUCGCGCGCCUGCAGGCGAGGAUCGAUGAUCUAGAACAGGCUAGAAAGAACUCUAAGGCGGAGCUCAUGAAUAUUCACCAAAGGAUGUGAUCUGGUUGAUGAGCUGCGCAUUUGCUACCUGGGGGACCAAACUUAGCUGCUUACGGAGAGAGUGGGGGAACCGCGGGUCCGGGCCGGUCCGACGUUUACAUGCGUUUUCAGAAAGUGCGGAUUGAUUUUUCGGCGCCGGGUGUUCGGGACAUUGGCGCGUCAACUUCAUCGGGUCUCGCUUUGGGUCACCUAGGGAAUCCCUCCAUGUUUAGAUGGAUGAUGAAUGGCUUAUGAUGAGGAAUACUGCUGCUAAGUCUGUUGUGAAGGCAAGGAGUGAUGAUUGUAAUGAUAGAUACCCUUUCCUAUCGGAUUUCCUGUGGGGAAACAAAUCAUUUCAUACAGUAUUAAAUCAGCAUUGUAGUGUUUUAGCUCUUUGAACGUGUUUUUUCUAGCCA